AUGUCGACUGACUACAAGUUCGAAGGAUGGCUUGGUUUGGAUCCUAGAUCCGCGGACGGCAAGAUGGUCUGGGGAGAGUUAGAACGAAACCAUGGGAAGAAACGGACGUUGAUAUCCAAAUUACCCAUUGCGGUAUUUGCGGCUCGGAUACGCAUACUUUACGGAGUGGAUGGGGCACUACGAACUACCCUUGUUGUGUUGGCCAUGAAAUUGUCUGCAUCGCAGUUCGCGUUGGAUCCAAAGCUGUCGGAGAUAUUAAACUCGGAGACCGCGUUGGCGUCGGUGCAUAAAGCGACUCGUGCCUUUCUCGUGAAGGGGAGCGCGAAGAAUGCAAUACGGGCCAGGAAAAGUACUGCACAAAACACUGGAUCGGGACCUACAAUGGUGUAUUUCUGA